ACCACCAAAUAGUUCGCUUUGUUCAUUGUAGUGACAGAUGGGGUCAUCACUGCAGCGUAUUACCCGAAACGCUGUGGGUGUUUCUUGCUUUGCAGGAAUGCCAAUUAUUCACCAAAAUAUUGUUUAUUCAGGAGGAACAUAAUGGAGGCAUGUAGAAGUAAUACCAGUGACGUCUUAUCAAAUGGGGAGGUAGUGGUGCGAGUAGCGGAGGCUAGUACCUCCUUAGCUGCAGCCACUACACGAACUUUAAAAUUGUUGGUAGAGAUAAAGGCUAAGCUGCCUUCUCCCUCAAAGGAAUUACUGGUGAGGCUUACAGACGAUCAUGACCCAUUUGUUCUGUACACGUGUGUUGUUCGUGAAGAUGACUACUGUAACCUUCGCCAAACUCAAGGCUUACUGGUUGACUUUAAUGCAUUUCCUUACAAAUUUGUAGAGCUAAUUAACUCUUGCAACAACGAACAAGUAAAAGACUCUCCUAGAUUUAUACUGGUUUUGCGUUGUUCUAAUGAGAGUGAAGGAAGUGCUACACUGGAAGUUGUAGAAGUUAAUGUAUUUAAACAUUUGUGUCAUUUGGCACUGGCACUUGUGCCUGCUCCCACACAACUCAAGCUAAGUUAUCUGGCAGACUGCUGUAAGGCUCUAAAGGCCCAGGGAGCUGCUAAAGAGAGAGAGGCGGCAGAACGGGAGCAACAGCUCAGGCAGCAAUUAAGCCACACACAACAAAUUCUUGCCAAGACUUCAGAAGAAGUUCAUCAGCUGCAGAAUGCUAUGAGCCAGCAUGUAGCCACAUCAACCGAGAAACAAGCACAGCUGAUCAGUCAAGAAAAGGAGAAAUUAUUAAAGGUUCAGAGUGAUGCAGACAGGAAAACUGAACGUAUGCGACGGGAACUGGAGGCUCGAAAAAACACUCAGAUUGAACAGCUGCAAGCUAAACUAGGCUCACUCACCUCCCAAAACAAUGAUCUCUCAGAAAGGAAACAUCAAGCCGAAAGUAAUGCUAAAGAGCUGCAAAGAAGAUUAAAUAGUGCCGAAGAAAACUUACACCGAUGUCGGCAGGAACUUAACCACAUUAAAAAACAAAAUGCACACCUUGAGCAAGAAAACCAUACCAAAAGUGCUACAGUACGAGAAUUGGAAUCGACUGUGUCUCAUCUUGAAGCGGAUUUACGAAGCCAAGGCACACAUUUGGCUCACCUUCAACAAAUGGCAGAAUCACUGCAACAGCAAAAGGGAAGUUUAGAAGAGACUGUGGAGGAACGACGGCAAAAGUUAAUAAAGCGAGAAAAUUCUAUCCAGUUGCUGUAUGCUGAAUUACAGAAGAGCCUGGAUGUUAUCAAGAAGCUGCAAAAGAGAGUCAAAGAAGAGCACAUGACAAGUAAAGUUCGAGGAGCAGCCCUCAUGGAGCAGGACAAGGUAGUAGCAGAGAAGGACAGCAGUGUUUUACAAUUGAAUGAGCAACUUCAGCUGAUGACAACCAAAGUCUCUCAGCUCACUAUAGACAGGGAAAGUCUCCAGCAACAGUUACAUGAAGCAAAAGAAAAGUUACAGGAACAGGAAAAGACACUUCAGACAAAUGAAAAUGUCAUCUCUUGGCUCAACAAGCAACUUAACGAAGUCGAAGUAACAGGAGCAAUGGCGAAGCGUGCACCUCUUUCCGAAGCAUAUCUUGCAUCACAAGGACCGUCCACUCAUGCAAUAAGACAACAAGGCUCUCGCUUCACAUCAGGAGGCCCAUCAGGGCUUGUGGCACAUUCCACACCUGUUUCAAACACACUAAAAUCAUUUCCCACAGCCAGUGGUGGGUGGUUAGGACAAACUACUCCUAAUUUGAGUUCUUUUCGAAAUUUUGGCAACAUCCCACCCAUACCAGAGGUGAUUAGCCCUCGCAGCUCACAUGAUGCCCUCACUGGCAAGAAUCAAUCUCCAGCUGACAAAGAAAACAUGGAAGGGCUGGAUCCCAAAUACUUUGAACCAACUAAUCCAGCAAGUGUUCCAGUGCAAGGACUACUUCGAGCAAAUUAUUGCAGUAGAUCACCCCCUGACUCGGACCCAAUGGAGCUUAACAAAAAUACAAGAGCAUUGGACAAAAGAGGAGGGGCAGCCGGGACAAAGAGGGGAGGAAGCAACAGAGGAGCAAGAGGAGGAGGAGGAGGAAGACCAUCAGUAAGAGAAAGUAGAAAGUCAGAAAGUCAGAGAAAGCCUGGAGCAUCAAGCUACUUCCCAAAAUCUUAGGUUUCAAUAUUUUGUUUACCUCUCGUAAUAUAAGCACAAAACUUUGCUCUUCAUUCAAGAAAUUAAGAAAGCUUUCAGCUUUAAGAAAAAUAUUAUUUUCUAGUCUUAAUUUGAUUACUUACUUAUUUAUUUGCUUUUGUGUUGAUAAAUUGCUGUCGGUUGUUAAUAAAAAAUUACCAAAAUUUAAAUUUAUAUAGUCAUGUAUGUGUAACAAAAAAAAAGAGCACUAGCAUAUUAUAAGUUUUUCAAGCCUCCUGUUUUUCUAGUUGAGAGAGCUAUACAUACGUAACUGAAAAACACAGGGUUGACUUCUGUAUUUUCAAGAGUAAAUUGUGAUCAAAAAAAAGCUUUGGUGAUAAUAAGAAAGAUGAGAGCUUAUUAAUAUUUUGCUGGGUACACAACUGCUCUUAGCUUCCAAUCACAUCUGCCAUGUACAAACCUUUCUUUAUUAAACUAAGAUUUUUGUAAUCAUAAAUGUUUAAA